GGCUGACAUAUUUUGUAUCUUAAAAGAAUCAGCGUUGCUAGUGAAGCUUUGAAAUUUUUGUAAACAGUUUAUUAAUGACCAGAAGAAAAAAAAAGGAUUUAAUUUGAUAUUUAUUUGGGUAACUGAUUACUAUAAAAUAAUCUAAUAGCCAUUACGGUUAUGGCUUUAUGUCUCGGUUUCGGACCCUCUUCUCUCUCACUCACUAAGUCGUCUAAGUCUAAGUACCAACUUGUAUGAUACUGUAACUGUAACUGUAACGUAUGAUUAUGAUAUGCACGGUUCAAGUAGACACAAAAGAUAAAUAAACAUCAAUAAUCAAGUGUUUUAAUAUUAAUAACUAUUAAGCUUAAAACUUAGAAUACAAUAAUUGGCAAAUAAGUUUUAAUUCACAUAAUAGUUUGACUAAACUGAGCUAUUUAAAGUCUGAAAUGAGGAUUGUUUUUGUCUACUAUAAAUUUAAACUUUAGUAACUUAGUAAUGGGCCGAGUAGUAGUAAUGAGACAUAAUAAUAAUAUUAUCAGUUAAUCAGACUUAUAUUGACACUUAGUGUGUGAUUGAGCCUGAAUUUCACUCAAUUGACUUAAUUAAAUAAGUAAAUAGAUUUAUAUAAUGGUAAAAGUGCAGUUCAGGUUUAUUUAUUAACGCAUUUCGUAUUUACUCAUGUAAACUUACGUGUAUUCUUUAUUAAUUAAAAUAAAUACAGGCAAUUAACUAAUACUGCAUUAUAAAGCGCUUUUUUCUUUUCUUUGAUUUUUAAUGUGUCUUUAAACCAAAGUUACCUAGCCCCAUUUGUUUUUUUGUUUUUUGUUUUUUUUUUCGUUCUGCUGUAUUACUUGUAGUGGGAUCACUUAGUUCAAAAUGGCAGGAUGACCAAGAAACAAUAAUUCAAAUUGUUGAUCCAAUGGAAAUUUUAAAUGAUGCAGCAUUUUGUUCAUACGCGCACUUUGUGAGGCAACAAAUAACGUUAAUACAACUAUAGAAUUUCUUGCAAGUCAUUCUCCUUUUGAAGAACAAAAUGGAAUGUAACAAUUGCAAUUUGGCUUGUAAACUGCCUACGUAUUUCAAGUAUGAAAGUUCCCUAUAACUCUGGUUAUAUUUGAUAGUAAAGUUAUUAAAUAAAUACUACAACAUACAUUCAAUGGGGCAACUUUUAUAACGUAUCUUUAAAUACAGAAGAGUUAUCCUUGAUUUACCGCAAUGGCUCAGUAACAGACAAAAGAUCCAUAUACUUGUACUUUUUUUAUCUCGUAAAAUUUGUUAAAAUUUUGUUGUAUUCCAAGAAAAAAAUGGCAUAUUACUUUAAAAAAUACUUUUUAUAAAAAAUUCACAUAACUCACACGCAAAAAUACGAAAUUUGACCAGAAAUAAUAUACACUCCUGAACUGCAAUUUUAUCUAGACAAAACUAGUAUAAAAAUGUAUUAAACUGUAUUGCUUAGCACUAGGCCUAUUAAUAAUAGUAUUAUAGUAAUAAAUUAUUGAUUAAAAUUUUGCUUUAACUUUAAAACAGUUAAAACUAAGCCUAAAACUUAGACUUAGACUAGAACUUAGACCUAGACUCGGAUUAAACUCAGUUGGCAGUUUUUUGCUGUUUUUUAAAACAGUAAUUUACUUCUUGGGUUAUUUGAGUUUAAAAAUCACCAUCAAGCUAGUGAGUAUUAAUAAUUACUUUGACUUUAGUCUUAACUUAUAUUCCACUUUAAAGACCUAACCAAAGUCUGUGUCUGAGAUAUGGUUCAAAAGGGGAUAAACAAAGUAAGAUUAAAAACUGAAGCAAUGCAAAUGUCUGAUACUUUUAUUGAAGUAAGCUUUUUAAAAUAAGUCUCAUUUCAUCUCUUCUGGAUUUGAGUCUAAUAUACUAUACAUGCUAUGAUUAUGUUGCAAGGAAACAACUUAGCUACCAUAUUUUGGCAAGGCAAUUUUUUAAAAUGAAAACUCUGCUAUUUUUAGAAUGAUUUCUUUUUAGAUGAAUUUGAAACUUUAAUUCUUAUUAACUUAUUAGGCCUAUCAACAUUUUGUUUUAUUUUCUUAUUUCAUCAAGCAAUUUCUAACUUGAAUGGAAAAUGCAGAUCUCAAAGUACAGUUUCAGCACUUGCAAGAUCAACAGCAGCAGAAGCUUUUGGAGAGAAGGAAAAGAAAGGAAGAGGCCAAUAAAAAUAUUAAAUCAGAGUCAAAAGAAAAUGUUUCACAGAAAUUUGGAGUAAAUGAUGAGCUUGGUCUGAAAGUACGUGAAAUUUUAUGUUAUAUGUUGAAGUACUAAAAAAUCUGAUAAAUUUUCGCUGUUUGGGCCAUGACAUUUCCCAUGGCCUCCACCUUGGUUGCCAUGACCCAUCAUUGGCAGGAGAAAGGGAGAGAAUGUGCUGAUAGAAAUAAAAAUAGGACAAAAAUGUUAAAAUUUAAUGAAAUAAUUAACCAACCAAUGAAAUUUUAAUUUAAAACAUUCCACCGUGGUAUUUAGAAAAAUUUUACUCUAGUAACAACACAAAGAUAAACAAAAGGGAGAGAAUCUUAUACGUUGCGGAAAUUUAAAAAAAACCCUUUAAAAACUUUCAAAGAAAAAGUCUACGAAUUUUGCAGCACAGUAAUGAAACAUGGCAUAUCCAACUGGUUUUUAAUCCUUAUACCACUAUAAAGAGCUACAGGUAGCCUACUGAUAAAUAGUAUCACACAUCUUGGAAGGAGUGGGGGGGUAAUAUAUUUCUGAUGAGGAUGUCUAUCUUUAUGUGAUGAUUUGUGACAAUAGGGGGAAGGGGGAUAAAAUUGGCCAAAAAAGCAUUGUAUUAUUUAUGUAUGACCCUAAAGUUACAUUAAAUAAAUACACAGAUGAAGUUCAAUUUAUUAAUCGUUCAUAAAAGUAUAAGUGUGUUGACAUUAUUUGCUAUGUGCUAGCUGACACAAGGCUAGUAAUCUCUUUCAAUACCAUGAAUUAAAGAUAAUCUAUCUAAUCAACUCAUUAAAAUUAAAGCAUUUUUGUAAAUAGACCAAAUUAUCAUUAAUGCCUGAAUAUAAAAUCAUAAAAAUAAUUGUAUUUCUACAUGAUUUAUUAAUUUAUGAAACAUAAGACCUUUUUACUUCACUGUUUAAUUGUAAAUGUGUGCAUUUAUUUUGACAGCUGUCAGAUCACCAAGAUAAAAACAUUAGCAAUGGUUACAUAUCAGAGGAACUUGUUGACCACCUGAAUGAUCAAAUUAGAGUAAGUAACUAGAAUGAGUGUCACAAAUUGCAUUGAUCAAGUGUCUUAUCAAGCUUUGUAGAAAAAACAAACAUAUGGAGUCAAAUUCUUUCGUAAUCACAUUAUUGACAGUUUAAAAAUGAAAUGAAGAUCAUAUUUAUAAAUUGAUGAUUGAAUUAAAAAAAUUUAAAACUUUUAUUGUUUUCUGAGCUGUAAGGAUUUUUAACUAACUUGUCUAAAUUCUUCUAUCCACCUAUUAAAAUUUAGUAUAAAACAUUAAGUAAUCAAUCUAUUUUGAUCUGAUGGAAAUUUGUAUUAUUAGACCAGAGUUUUAUGAUUGAAUUAUUUUGUUGACAGCAAAUAAAAGAUGAGAAUGGAAGACUGUACAAACUGUUAAAUGAAAAAGACUUUGAAAUUCGCCAGGUCAAAAAGAAAGCUGAUGAAUUUAAAAAUAAUUUUGUUGGUAAGUCUUUCAAAAAUAUUUAUUUAAAGAUUUUAUGUAAUUGACAUUCACUACAAUUCUCUGAACGCUUAAAUCCGGCUUUCCAGAUGUCAUAAGAGACACUUAAAAAUUAAUAACUUUAAAACGAACUUUUAAAACAUUGGAUUUGUGACAGAAAAUGUAUUUUCCACUCACGUAAUUUUUAAAAUAUUAUAAUAUGAUAUGGGGAAUCUGUAGAUCUUAAAAUAUUUUUUAAAAUUGUCAGCACUAGAAAUAAACUUAUAGAGCGUUAAAACAAUAAUAAGUCUGUUUGCAUCAGACAUAAAGUGUGCAUGCAAUUAAUGUCAAGUCUUUAUUAUAUUUGACAUAUUAUGUAACUAUUUUGAUGUAAUGUACAUUUGAAAGAAUGAAGUUAAGAAAAAAUUGGUAAGUCAUAUUAGAUUGUUGUUACAAUUUUCUAUUAACAUAAAAAAAUAUUGAAAUUAUAUUAUUAAUUGGGCCAUUGUCUUACAAAAAGACCAUACAUGACAUAUUCAUACUUCAGAAGCUAUUUUUUUUUUUAAUGCUGACCUCUUUAUGUCAGCAAAUAAUUAUGUAAAUAUGAAAUUUCCAUGAUUUGCUCCAUCAUACUUAAAAAAUCACAAGAAGCCAUAUUUGAGUUUUGCCAAAGAGUGCUGGCCCAAAUGGCUGUUAAUUUUUUGUAUGCAUGGUAUAGUUAUACUCAUAUAUUGAAAUAACCAGUUCAUUCGAAUUUAUAAAACCAAAAUGAGUAGAUUGUUUUGAGAAAAAAUUGUUGCAAUCAAGUUUUAUUUUUAAGAAAAUAUUAAUUUCUUAUUUCAAAAUAAAUAUGGAGUCAUUAAGACGUCUAAUUUCAGAAUUUUACAACUGAUAAAACACAUAAAUAUAGAGCUAUGCCAGGCAACGAAUUCAGUCCUAUUGACAUAGGAAUGGAUAAUAAAAUAUAUAUUUUAUUCUCCAGAAGGUCCAAUAACAAAUGAGACUGCUGCCACUAAGAUAAUUGAAUUGAGUAAGAAAGUAAGGGAGCUGACUUCAGAGAAAGAAUCUGAAAAAACAAAAUGCAAACAGUUACAGAAGAAGUGUCAUGAGCUGCAACUGCAAGUAAUUAUUUUAUUAAUCAUAUUUAAAAAAUUCUAGCAGGGAUCACGUUUUUCCAUAAAUAACUCACUUGACAACAUGCACCUGAACUUCCAGUUGUUCACUGUUAACCUCUUUAUCUUAUUAGUAUGGUUGAUCAAAUAAAUAAUGCUUUAUAGAUCAUAAUGGACAAAACACUUGAUUUUAAUCUGAUGAUUUGAAACAAUCUUAAAACAAAAUUAAAUUUAUUAAAAAUAUGGGAAAAAAAAGAAAUAAAUUAUUAUGAGCCCAAUGAAUGGAAUUAAUAAUUAAUCCCAUAAUAGGCAUACUUACCAAAACGGUUAGUAACUAUAAUGUAUUUUUUCUUGUCCUUAUUAAAAGACAAACCUUUGUUGUGUGUAAACAAGUAGGAUGAAGCUUUAUUUCUCAUUACAAAAAAAAAAAAAAGAAAGUGUAGUACAUUUAAAUUCAACAGAUUUCAAAAGUGUUGUCUUUAUAUCUACUUAAGGUUUUAUUGGUGUCCAACUAAUAUACUGUCAUCUCCAUAACUUUAACAAAAUAAGAGUGUCAACUACAUGUCUAUACAAAAAGCUAAGAGUGUUUGUCUUUGUGUUUCUUUGCUGAUGAAGAGUUUUUGGGAUGAAAGGUCUGGUUUUUGUGUUAGUCUUUUUCAACCUUUGUAUAUUUUUUUCUGUUUGUUGUGUUAUUGAAACUACAUCUGCUGAGGUUUUAUAUUAAUACUUGUUUCUCUCCUUAUAAAACUGAAAUGUCUUGAGAUUAAAAAUUGAACGUCUCUGCUAUUUACCAACACAAAAAAAUAAUUAUAAUUUUAUAAUUUUUUAAAAAAAAAAAGAAAGAAAUGAUAAAUGAAUAUUGCCAGAGUAAAUGGAUUGUCAUUGGGACAAUGAAAGGCAAAAUUAGAUUUCAGCUCAUCAGAUAUGGCAAGUGGGUCAUCCCACUUCUUGACAUUUACCUCUUAUUGCUAAGUUUUUUUUUGGACUUAGUUUUGGAUCCUUCCAUGUUUCAUUCCUAUUUCCCUUUUCUUUUCUGUCCUCUUUCAGCUACAGAGUGGCCCAGCUCUGUCAGACACACAAUCAGUGGCAGGAUCAGCAGCUCAGUUAGACAAUAAAGAAGAUGAUGGUGUGGAUAUCAAAGCUCUGCAAGAGAGGUUGAAACAGUCAGAAGUUAGGUUAACAGAUUUUAGAAAUCAAUGUCAGUCGUUACGCCAGGAGUUGAAAAUUGCUCACAAGGUUUGUGUUAACAUGUGUACAAGAAAUUCUGUCUGAAGCUGAAGUUUUGUAAGUAAUUGCUACUUUGAAACACUUGUAUAUUAAAUGUUAUAUGAUUUGCACUGUUUAAAAAAAUUGAUUUUUAAAAAUAAAUGUAUGGUAUUAAAUACAAUACAUGGAAAUAGAGAUGUUAUAUUUUAUGCAAUAUACAGUAUUUUUAAAUAGUAGUGAUAUGCAUACCAAGUACACACUAUUGUUUUUAAUUUUAACAAUUAUGAUAUCAGAUCAUGAAUAGAACUAUUGAUUUUCUAAACUAAUAAAUAAUUAACUUAUUUUUAAUUGUAUGUUUCAAAAACACCUUUACCAUGUAUCCCUAGGUGAUGAGUCAGGAAUUGGGUGAAAAUGUAAACAUUCAAUCUCUACUGAAUGAAACUAGUAACUGGAGGGGAAGGGCUCAACAAAUUAUUGCAUUACAACAAAAAGUAAGUGUAAUAAACCUCUGGUUGUUUUUUUUUUAAAUUUUAAGUUGAAAAUUCUUCAUGCUACAACAGGUUAUAAAACUGAAUCCAAUUGGGCACCGUUUCCCAAACUUUUAUGUUUUUAAAUUUUGCAUCAGAAUUAUUUUUUAUUGUUCUUGGCGCCAAGUCUGACAAGAUGAAUGAAAAAUAUGUUGACUUGUAUUCAUGUGCUUUUGUGCAGUAUCCCUGGAAUGGCAUUUUAACAAAUACCAUUACAAAAUUUGAAAUACAGGCAGCAUUUGCCAAUUAUGUAAAUAUUAAGUUUCUUGAAUACAUGCAAAGUAACUACAAUUCAGUUACAGAUAGUAGACCAACUACUGCCUCAGGUGUGUAGAAUCAACAAUAGAUGGGAACUUAAUACUAAAUGAUAAAAUCUGAUGUAGUUCACACAAAAAAAGGGCAUCUAAGUGAUAUUUCCACUGGUUCGCCAAGGGUGGCAUUUUUUCUAUAUAUCUAGGAGCGGCAUCACAGACUUGGCCCCGGUCACUGCUCUUCCUUGGCAUGGUCCUGGUGUAGUACAAAAGAACUACUUAUUUGAAUAUUUCUCAUGUAAUCUUUGUAUUUAAAUUACCAUCAAAAUACACCAUCAAAAUUGACAAGUUGGUGAAUUCUGUAUUUUCAUCCAGCUGUGGAGAAAAAUACUUUUUUUUAUUUUAAUCUGAAUUCCAUAUCAUGAGCCAGAGCGUCAAUUUGUUGAGCCAUAGUGUUUUUCAAUACAGGCACUUUUGUCACUUUCUAAGCCACUGUUUCACCCAACUUUUCUAAGCUUACAUCCUUAACACAUCCUGGGAUGAGCACCUCACCAAUUGUGCAUAUUUUUUUAGUUUAAGCAAUGUGAUAUGCCACCUUAAAUGAAGCUCACAAAACACAAGCAUUAAACAUUCAUUUUUUGCAUUAGUGUGCCCACCCCUUCAGGGUGCAGGUGUGCAAACUUCUACAAUUUUUUGGACAUUAAAGGAGUCCCAUCUGUCACAUAGAUUCAUUUGGCCUGUCCAAUAGUUUUGUGUGUUAUCUUGCAUCCACAUUUUCCAGAAACAUUAAAUGGAGUUGCCAGUUUAGGCUUGAUCUUGUUAUUGCAUAAAAAAAUGUUCACUAUAUUGGUUUGUCUUUAAUAGGGUUCACAAUUCUUAAAAUUGCAAUCAGGCUAAAAAGUAGUACAACAUUCAGUAUUUUUAGUUUCUAAUGCUGUGUUGACCAGCCAAUUUGGGUUCCAGUGCCAUUCACAGACUGCCAUUUGGGGAACAAUGCACUAGACCACUGCUCAUUGUUAUUUCAUUGCCAGGUUGAUGAGCUAAAAGCCCAGUUAGAAGGUCCCACGAGUGAAUUAGCUAGUCCAAACAAUGAAAAGAUGUCAGCAAGAAAGAGGGAGGAAAAGUAUAGAGAAGACUUAAAAAGAGUUGAACGAGAAAGAAAAGAGGCGCAGGAGGUAAUUUGUAUAUCUUUGAACGUACUAGUAGGCCUGCUACUUUUCUUUUUAGGAAAGUAACCAAGAAAAUUGUUUUUAUUUCUUGAAACAAUUUUUCCUUGGAUUUUCUCCCUUCGGAAAGAGUUAUCUUGUGCUGCAUAUUUACAUUUUCUUGGCAUUGUUUCUAUCACAUGAGAUGGAGAGGGGGGGGGGGGGGGGGGUCAAAGUAUUUUUGAUAUCAUCACCCUGUCAUUACAAAAUGUCACACAAAUUUAGUAACCCUCAUAAAAAAAAAAAAGCAUCAUAAUUUUGUGACUUUCAAAAUUUAUGGGCACAAAUUGUAUUGUUAACAGGGUUUCCAACUCAAAAACAUAAAAUUUACAGAUAAAUACCUGUAUUAUAACUACGGCAAGUAAAAAGAAGAAAAAAGAGUUGAAAUACCCGGGUCUCAUAUUACAGACAUCCUAAUUUUCUUACUGACAUGUUAUGACAAGUCAUAAGUUAAAUUUUUACAGACUGAAAAUUUAUAGAUUGUUGGCAACCCUGAAUGUUAAUGAACUGGAUUUUUUCAAUCAUCAGUUAACUUUUCCUCUCAGAUAUGCACACGUUUCCAUGGUAAUGUGAAAAUACCAUUUAAAAAAUGAUAAUGAUCUAUAAUUAACUGUGAAAUAUGGAGAAACUUGAAAAUAUGUACUAUUAUAAGGUUGCUGUGAUUUAAAAGAUCGCCAAGCAGAGUAGUUAGGGUAUGAUAAAACUAAUAUUUUUUUAAAAAUACAAAAAUAUUGAGUGAAUAUGAAAAUAAGUGUAUAUUAUUUUUCAGUCUACAGCACAGAAGCUGAAAGUGAUUGAAGCAGAAAAUGAGAGUCUCAGAGACAAACUUGAUGCCGCUAAAGCUAGGUAAAAUCUCUGAUAGACUUUUGCAAUACCAAAGCUUCAUUUGUCACAUCACGUAACAAAGAUCCUUGGUUUUCAUUAAUGACAAUUAAAAACGGUUUUAUUCAAACUUUUGUUUACGUAGUAAUAUUGCUUUAGUCCCUCAGAAAUGAAUAUUUUAUUAUAAUUCAAAUAUAAUAAUUUUUUUUCUAAAUGCAAUUUUAUUCAUUGAAAUAAAUCGUUUUAAAAUAAUCGAAUGAGAAAAUAAUUUCUGCUUUCUCUUUAGAAAUAAGGUGCUGGCCAAUGAAAACAAGACUUUAAAACCCCAAGUUCAAACACUUCUGAAGAAAAGCAGAAAUGAUGAUGAAUUUAUUGAUGCCCUGAUGGUAAGUUUAAGUGAUUGCUUUACUAUCUGUACUUUGGUGUAUUAAAUCAAAGUUAGAAUGCAUGUUUCAAAUCAAAUCUAGAGUGCUGAAGUAAAAUAAUAUCUUACUUCUUUGUGCAUAUUUUUUAAUGAGAUUUAAAUAAAAAGUAGACAUAGAAAGUAAAAUCACUUGUGAAUUAGCAGCAGUUAAGCAUGGGAUUCAGGCCAUGGGUAUUCAGUGAUUAAAUAAAGAAUUUUGUGAAGAAAACAGUAUUGAAAACAGUGGAUGAUAAUUUUUAUUUCAAAUAUUCAUUGACACUUAUAGAAACAACAAGCUCAGCUGAAACAACUUUUAGAUGAGCACACCAAGAAACAGUCAGAGCAACAGCUUCACCAACAACAACAACUGCAGCACAUGUCCAUGAAAAGCCAACAAGACAACAACAUUGUGGAGCAGCUCAAGGCCAUUGCCACCCAGAAAGAGACUCAGGUCAAGAUGCUGGAGAUGGAGCUUCAACAUUUAAGAAUGGUUGUAAGUGUUAUAAUGCAAAAAACUAAUUUUUAUGUUGUUAACAAAACCGCUUGAAUUUUCUAUAAGAAUUAUUUUAAUGUCACCUUUAUUUUUUCUUUUAUUUUUUUUGUCCUUGGUAACUUGUAAUUAGUCUGUGUCAGUAAAUGUACACUUAUAAUAAUGAAUAUGCCUCUUAAUUUAUUCUUAAGCAUGCCCAGAACCAUAAUCCAAAUACCGGUAACAGUUCCUACAUGCAAAGUAACUACAAUUCAGUUACAGAUAGUAGACCAACUACAGCCUCAGAUGUCGGAAACGUUGCUAUCAGGUAACUGUAAAAAAAAAUUUGGGGUACUUCUAACAUGAAUCCUUAAAUGUGGCCUUCAAGACCUUCCAAUUGCUGGUUUAAGAAAUCACCACAGUGUAAAAUUGUUAAAAUAAUAAUAAUCAAAGACAAUUUUUUAAAAUUAUUCCAUUGCUUAUUUCCUAACUUAACUCAGAAUGAAUUUUCAAAGCCCAUUUUUAAAUUUAACGUUAUCGUGCCGUUUGCCAAAGAAAAAUAAUUACUAAGGGUUCCCACCCUUAAAUCUGACUACUCUUAUACUUAUAUAUAUAAAAAAAAAAAGGUUAGCAGACAUUGGUCAUAUUAUUUGUCAUGCUAUUUAAGAAAUGAGUUCGGUAUAGUUUCUCACAUGCUGUGUUAUCAAAAUUUAGAUAAUUGUACUAAAUUGUAUAAUUUUUUAAUUUUUUUUUCGAAAGUUUUUUCCUGAGUUUCAUUUCUUCCUAAAAUACUGUUUACAAAAAAAACGAAAUGACACUGAUCAGAUUGGGGAAGUCUCCUAGUUUAAACUUUAGAGGCUUGAAUAAAUUAAGUGCAUUCAAAAUUCUUAUACAGAUUUAGCUCAUGUGCAAGCUAUUAAACAAGUCUGUUAAGACAGGAUUCGGCUUUAGGCAACACUGUGUUUUUUAAAUAUAUUUUUGGUUAUGGUUAAUGUCGUUAUACCGUUAAAAUCUGUUGCUUUCUGUCAGAUCGAGGGACCUUACCCAUUCCGCUCUUUCGAGUACCAGGACGAUGUCAAGGGCAUCAAGCAGACCAAUCUCAGUUCUGGGGUUAGAUUCUUUAAAAAGUGUUAAUAACAUUGCUCUAGAGUGUUGAGGUUGUUUUUUUAUCUAUUGACUACUUGUUUGUUUCUUCCUGUAAUUAGGUGGUUUAACAAUUGAAAACCUAUAAAAACUAGUGUAAAUAAUUUUUUUUAUUUUAAAUAAAACAUAUUCAUUGCACAUAAAUGUUUGUCCAAAAUUUAUAGGUGCAAAUGGAUUACUUUUUCUCAAAUAACAAUCGUAAAGUUGGGCAAAGAGAGGGAAUUGAUUUUUUAAAAAUGAUGUUGUAAUGAGUUUAUUUGUACUUCUACAAGAUGGGAUGAGUCUAGAUUUUUAGUUUACAAAAUGUAACUGUAACACAGAGGUGUAACGAGAGUGUUUGGCGCCCAGGGACAAGAUUCGCGCCAAGGGACAAGAUUCGCGCCCAGGGACAAGAUUCAUUUUAAAGCGCCCCUUUUCUUUUUUUCAAUUCUAAAACCCAUUAUUUUCAUCAAUAAAAUAAUAUCAAAGCAAAUUUGGGUGCUCCUAACUAGCUGGUGCCCGGGGACAUCUGUCCCCUAAGCCCCCCCUUCGCUACACCUCUACUGUAUAGCUUAAAGGUUUAAAUAAAACCUUUUACACACAAUAAAUACUGAUGUAUUAAUAACUGGAGAAAAUCAUACUUUAUAUUACAUUUUUAUAAUUAGGCCUAGCUAGGUCUAAUCAUAACUAUAUUCUAAUCCUAAUUUUAUUCAAGCAGAGUUAAGACCUCAAAUGCAGAAUAAAUGGUUGUCCUAGCAAAACAGUCCAUUAUUGAAUGACAAUUGUGCUGGUUUGGAUGUUUUUCUAAUUUUUCCCCAUAAAUUUUCAGAGGCCAAAUGAAUUCACAUAAUAAUCAGGAAGAGUUAUCCAACUUACAUUAUCAGUGCCAAGAGUUGGAGAUAAUGAGCCGUGCUCUGAAGGUUGAAAAAGAUAAAAUGACUGAACUUGUUAAAGUCCUGCAAGACAGGUGACUUUAAAUAUAUUCAAAUAUAAGGAUGCUAAUUAUGACUUACCUUUUAUGAUAAGAGUACAGACAUUUUUAUUUAUAUUAAAUUAUAUUGAUAAAAACAAAAGUGCUGGUUGGCUGAAUGGUCGUGGAGAGAGGGGAUUUGUUGUUGCAAAAAAAAAAAAAAAAAGUCUGUAACCAUUGAGCAUCACCAUUUUACAGCUGGUGAGCUCUCUAAUUUACGAAUAUACAAGACAGACAUUUUUAUUUAUAUUAAAUUAUAUUGAUAAAAACAAAAGGGCUGGUUGGCUGAAUGGUCGUGGAGAGAGGGGAUUUGCUCUUGAAAAAAAAAAAAAAAAAAGUCUGUAACCAUUGAGCAUCACCAUUUUACAGCUGGUGAGCUCUCUAAUUUACGAAUAUACAAGAGUAAAAGACAGAGAGCUGAAUAUUUCAGAACACCAUUUCAGGUAAAAGAUUUGGAUGAUAAAUAUUAUAUAAUUAGGUGAGGUUUUUGCCAUUUAAAAUGCUAAACCAUUGGCAUUACAGAAAUACAUUUUUUGUACUAUCAUCACUCUUGACAAAAACGUAUUGUGCAAUGAAAAUGUUGCUCAAAGAAGUCAAAGUCUAACAAAGCCAUUCCAAGCAUUUAUAGGAUACUCAGUGGUUUAGUCCAAGUUAUUUGUGAUUUUAUUUAAAAAUUGGGACUAAUAGAUGACUGCAUUUUGGCUUUGUCAUCAAAGCAAAGAAAUAUUUUUAUACUACAUCACUACAUGUUGAUUUUAUAGUGUAAGGUCAUAAUGAUAGUACUUAAGAGAUAACAUGAGUGUAGAUAAUAUUAAUAGUUUGGUGUUUUUGUUGUGAUCUUGGGCAUAGCUGCAAUCUUCUACAUAACUUAUUUAUAUUAGCAGUGGUUCAUAAUUAUUUUUCACUCAUAUUUAAAUAAGUCCGACAACAGUUGUCAUUGUGUGCAAGUGUCUUUUCCAUUCAGAUUGUCAGAAGAGACCCAGAAACUAAGUGAGGCACAGUCAGAGCUGCAAGCUCAAAAAAGAUUGUGUGUGGAAUUUGAGAAAAGAUUGGGCAGAUUUAAGUUGGAAGGUGAGCUCAGUGAUCUAGGUAUCCUAUGGAAUUAUGCCAUAUUCCAUUGAUAUAGCACAGUCAAGCAUUUUUGGUUUAUUUACAUUAUAAUUCUAUUAUUAAAUUUAUUUUAGUAAGCCCAAUGAUAAAUAAAGCAAGGCAACAACAAACAAAAGAAACAACACUUUUUUAUUAGUCAAGUUAUGGCCUUGGGUUUCUGCCUGUUUCGUGUGGAUUUGGGGCACUGAAUCCAAAAAUCACAUCAGAUUUUCGGCUUGGCUUGAAAUUAUACAAUUUUGGUCCAUAAUAAUAAAGGUUUUUAUUAAUUUUAUUGACAUGGGUAACAUAUAUACACCAAUAUGUAUAUUACCAAAAUUGUUUUUUUGUUUACAAACCUUUUUCUACUUCAUUUUUUGUAACACACACAGGCAUAAAAUUGUUUAUAUCAAAGGACAAAUUGGAACGGAAUAUAUUUCUGAUUUAUUAACCAAUUACCCGGUGGUACUUGCAAAAUAUUUAGAUGGUAUAUCAUGAUUAUCUUAGACUACACACAUUUUUAUUUCCAAAGCUUCUCAUCCUGAUAUGUUAAAAUAGUUGCGCAUAGAUUUUAUUUCCUACUGGUAGGAGUGGAGGUUUAUUGUAAAAAUAUUAAUUAUUAUAAUUUGUAUUACAAAUUAUAAUAAUUAUUCUAAUUAUUGUAUUUGUAUGCUAAAGAGUUUACACAUGUUCAAAAUCUAUAAAACUAGAGUUAAAAGGGGAAAGCCAUUUUAGAAUUAGCAGGUCAAAUUAAUAUACCUAGAAACAAAUCUAACAUUUGAGGAGCCAAAAUUUGUUUUUGCUAUCAAAUUUUUAAAGCACAGUCACUAAAACUGUGCUACCAGGUACUAAAUAAUAUCAAAAAUAUAUUCCAAGAUGUGCUAAAUAUAGGCAAAACAAAUACUGUUAAGACACAUUUAUCUUCUUCUUCUCCUCUAUAUUUUGAGGGCCCUCGAUCAAUAGAUUGAUCAUUCUGGCUCCUAUUUUUAUAUAUAGUGUAUAUUAUAUAUAUUAUAUAAAUACUCAAUUUGUUGCUUACAUGUGAAUAAAUUUUGCUUUGCUUUCUUCAGCAACUAAAAAGAGAGGAUCCUCCAAGGGUGGCAACUCUGCCAGAGACCUGAGUAAUGGUGAUGAGGGUAGAGAAGAGGAUGAUUCCCAUGUAGAUAACAAUGAGCUGCAAACAAGGUUGGAACUUUAAAAAACAAUUAUUAGCUCUUAACUGAACUGGUAGUUAAAUUGAAAGGUAAAAUAUCCCCAACCAAUAUUUGGGAGUGUUAGUCAAUUCCUUUUGAUUCCAAUGUAUUAGAUAAUUGUUUUUAUUGUUAAAUAUACCGGUACUUCAGGCUGUUUAUUUGCCUUUUUACUACAUAAAAUUAAUACAUGUAGCCCUUACUUCAUCUAGAGCAGCGUUUCCCAAACUUUUAAGUUUGGCAGACAAGUUUCAAAAUUUUACCAGGGACCUGUGCCAGAUUUAUUAAUUCAGUUCUAACCAUUAAUAUUCAUGUUGCGCUGACUGGCAAUGUAAGGCCUCAGAAACCGAUCCCAGCCUGCAGACCACCAUUUAACCUUAAUUUGAUUCUGUUUAAGUUUAAAUGAUUUUGAUGGGGGAGAGUAGGGUUACAUUUUGGAUAUUUAUUCUACCAAAUGUAGCUUUACUGGUAACGCUACAGCUUUCUUUGCAUGGAUUGGAUAGCAAUUUUUUUAAAUUCCACGAUUAGCUGCUAUCUUCCGAUUAUUACUGAGGAUUUAAGUCCUGCCAGGAAUAGUAGCCUUACUUGGCUAAAUAAUCUAUUCCACCCAUAAUUGCCCAAAACAAAAAUUGAUUCUUGGUCCAGAAACAGACAAUAUUACCGGUAACCUUUUGUUUAAAAAUUGUUACAUUUAUAACAUGGAUGGCAAUUUUUUGAAAAUAUGCUUUAUUUUAAUGUCACGUCGAUUAAUUUCAAUUGAUAAAUGAGUAAAAAUGAUUUCUGAUUCAUAUACUAUCAGGCUAGACAUUCAGAAAGAUGAAAAUGAAACUCUGAAAGCUGCAUUGAAACGAACACUGAAAGCCAAGGAGGAAGAUCUUAAAGUAUACAGUUCCACACUUGAGGAAACAAAACAAGUAUUUUUGCAAGCCUUAAGACAAAUGAAGGAAAGACAUUCAACUUCCUGAUUAAUUAUUAGAAUUUCAGACAUUACCUGUCCCCUGAGCCAAGAUGGAUCACUCCUCAGACAAAACUUCAUGCUUUAGUUGAUAUAACUAUAUCAAACAUUUAGAUUUGCACAACCAAGGAAAGUUGAUUGUGUAUUUUCAAAAGUUUCUAAGAGAAAUUUUGGCUCAUUAGAAUAGAGAUAAGUUCUUUUUCCUGAAUGAAACUAUUUCUAUAUCAUACUUCUAAAAUGUAAGACUAACACUAACACAUGAAUAGAUAACUAACAUGACUUUCUAACUCAUUACUGGUAAAUCAAAUGUAUGUAAAGAUGCUUUAUCAACUUAACAUUACCAGGUAGUUAAGAUCUUCUGUGAUUAGUUUAUUCUAUUUCUUUGUGUAAAUUAUUAAUAAUUAUGGUUUUAUCAGUCACAAUAGCUUUCUUCUGACUAUGCUACAAUUGAUUUAUUACUAGAAGAGAUGUAUACAUGUGGCCAUUAAGUGCAUGCUCUAUUAUCCAAUACUGGCAUGCAGGAGGGCAGUCAGUAACAGGCUGGUAAUGUACUACCCCGGUACUACAAUAAAUAGCAUCUGCCAUUCCAUAACUGCGACUUUACUGCACUUACUGUAUUAUAUUUAACUAAGUUAGCAACUGCCUCUCUCCCAUUUCUGACCGUCUAAUAACCACCAGUAUGUAUUUCAAGGUCAUCUUUAGCCAAACAUGAGUUGGAAUCCAUUAACAUAAAAUGUGAUAACAUUUGGAUAGUUUCAUUAUUCCUGAUCUUUUCUGAUAGAAACAUGUAUUUGUUCUUAAUGACUUUUAUUUUAUUUUUUUUAAACAUCUGAACUAAAAUGUCUUGACUCUAAUUUAAAAUAUUUUACAUGCAAUUAUAUUAUUCAUACAUUCAUUUUCCGAAAGAGGUUGUUAUUUUGUUUCAAAUGCCUUAAUAAUUAAGGGAUUAAAAAUUUAAUUUUGGGAUUAAAAAUAUUUUAACUCUCGGACCAGGUUAAAUGUACCAGGUAUUUCAAAUUAUAGCAUGUGUUACAAAAAGAACAUUUAAAUUACUGGAGGGCCUAUAAUUAUAAAUGCCUGAAAUGUCUUCUUAAAUAAAUUGAUACGGCAUUUAUAUCACCUAUAAUCUUAAUACAGUUUUUAUAGCACUUAUUUGAUAUUAAGAGAUUCAAUUUUUCUAGAUAAUUAGUUCAGAUUGUUGAUUCAGAAAAUUAACUAGCCCAUAAAUAAUGUUAUGACCUGACCAUGACAAUUGACAUUACCUUUUUAAGUCAACAUUAAUACAACUACAAGACAAAUGUUACUAUAUGUUGUUUAAUUUGUCUUUACAAUUAUAAUAAAUAAGAUAUUAUUUGGUUUAUUGAUCUUUUGUUGUAAAUACAACUGGUAGUGAUUGAUUCUUUGUUGACUGGUAGCAGCUGUUAAGAAAUAGGUUUCUGAUCAAUUUCCUUUAAAAAUGAGACACUGAAGACAAAAUAUUUUUUUUUGUCUCUGAUGAGUAGGGGGGUAAAUCUGGCAACGGGGAUAGAUUCAUAGAUCCACGUGAUAUACAAGUAAUUUGAUGAAUUUCAGCCCAAUCUUUCAUCUGACAUUCACGGUCACAAUAACUGGCAACCAUGCACUGGCUGCAAUGUUGAAAUUGCCAACUUGUGGCAGACUUUGUCUCUGUUAAUUGAUCGUCGCUUGUUCCUUGUCUUAAGACAUCUGUAAUAAAAUUGAUUCCAUUCUUUGGAUAGCGCUCACAAUACCAGCACAUGUAUCGAACCCUUGGGUCUAUGCCCUUUAUAGACACCUUGUAUUCAUCAUACAUGUGUCUGAUCAUAGCAAAAUAAUAAUUAUAAGACUGUUCACGAUUGAGACCUAAUGCAAGUCCUUUGUUUGGUUGGUGUAUGAAAAAAUUCAGACGCUUUUUAAAACUAUAGUGAUCAAUAUCUAAUGACUCUAUUGAUGGUGUCUGUUUCAAUAGAUUCUUAUCAUAUUCACAUUCCCUGUAACACUGCUGAAAAUUAUCCUCAAUGUAAGUGAUGUUAUGAUUCUGAAGUUCUUUUACAUAGGUAUUGUCAACAAUAUAUCCCUGUAUCAUAAGCCACACAUGGGGCCUAUAAUUUGUCUGUGGUUGGAUAGUUCUCUCACCGAAUACUAUUCUGGCUUCAACACCAAUAGCUUCCAAGCACUGAUGGAUGACAAGUACAAUAAAUUCAGCAUUAUCUGAAAUUUUAUCAUCUUUUUGCUGGCGCAAGCUGAAACCAAGAAUGUCAUUUAUCUUCCGACCAUUACUCUCUGAGACGGGGAAAGCAAAUGGCAACUUUAUAAAAAAUGUAUCCAUGCUGGGCACUGAAGGCUUGUGUGUUGGAUUAAGGUUAUCCUCUCUCGGCUUGGCAGGCUUGACUUUUGUAGAAGUCAUGUCAACGCACUAAAGCAAAGUCAGCUCAGUAAUUAAAUUUCCAUGAAGAAAUGUCUUAUGAGGUUAUCA